AUGACUUCAAAUCCACAACAUUUUUUAACAAUACUAGCUAAAAAACCUUUUGAUGUUAAUCUUUCAACACCAAUAAAAAAUUUCAUUAAAGCAACAUUUGGUGAUAAAGAAGAUUAUUCAGCUUCAGUUGAUGGUUUUAAUUCACUUCGUGCUGAAGCGUUAUUACGCAGUAAUUAUAAAGAUGAUUGUUCAAAAUUACUUAGAUAUUAUGAUCAAUUAAAUGCAAUUGAAUAUAAAUUACCAAUAACAGAAAAUCAAAUACGUAUUUAUUUUAAAUGGCAAGAUGCAUUUGUUAGUAGUGGAAGUUUAUUUGGUAGUAAACAAAAAACAAAUGGCUCAUGGAAACUAGCAUAUGAAAAAGCAUGUGUUCUUUUUAAUAUCGGACAUGCAUAUAGUGAAUUAGCAUUAGCACAAAAUUUGUCUAUUGAUGAACAAAUGAAAGUAGCAUCAAGAUAUUUUCAAUUAGCAUCUGGUGUUUAUUCAUAUUUAAAAGAUUAUGUUAAUGCUAAUUCAUUAUCAGAUUUAUCGGUUGAUUUUGAACCAGCUGUAUUAGCAAGUAUGUCAUGGUUAAUGUUAGCUCAAGCAGCAGAACUUAUUUAUAUAAAAUCGGCUAGUUUUAAAGAUGAAGUUGCAGCUAAAGUUGCAGCACAUGCUGCUGAUUGUUAUAAGGAAGCAUAUACAUCAGCCAAAACUGAAAGUGCAAAAAAAAUCAUUCCAGAGAAUUAUGUUAAUGUUAUGUUUGUUAAACAUUUAUUAUUUCAAUCAAAAACUGAAUAUCAUGCUGGCAAUCAAGCUCAAGCUGAUAGAAAAUACGGGCUAAAAGUAGCACGAUAUGAACGUGCAAAAGAUUUUGCUGAUCAAGCAGUUAGUAAAUGUACGAUCGCUGCUUUUACACCAAUACUUCGUGCAAAUCAAGAUGAAAUAGCUAAAGCAGCAGCAGCUGCACGUAAAGAUAAUGAUUUUGUUUAUCAUGAACGAUUGCCAGAUCCUAAAACACUUGAUACUAUUUUGGCUCAACCAAUAGCUAAACCAUUACCAGUUACCUUUCCGAUAACACCGGAUUUUAAAGAUCUAUUUGCUUCACUUGUUCCAAUAGCAUUGAAUAAUGCAUUAGCAGCAUUUAGUUCGAAACGAGCAGAAAUUAUGAAUAUAGAAGUUAAUCGUCUUCGAGAAGCAACGAAUGUUCUUAAUGCUGUUUUGGCUUCAAUGAAUUUACCAGCUGCUAUUGAAGAUAGUGGUGGUCGUCAAGUUCCACCAUCAGUUAGUGAAAAAUCUAAUGAAAUUAAACGACAAGGUGGUAUCAAUACAUUAGAUAAAAUGAUUAAUGAUUUACCAGAAUCAUUACAACGCAAUAAAGAAAUUCUUGAUGAAACAAAUCGUAUGUUAGAUGAUGAAGAACGAGGUGAUAUAGAAUUACGUAAUCAAUUUAAAGAACGUUGGACUCGCACUGAAUCAUCAAAAUUAACAGCUCCAUUACGUGAAGAAGCUAAAAAAUAUAUGGAUAUUAUACAAAAUGCAAUUCAUGCAGAUAAAGUUGUUCAAGAAAAAUAUCGAAUGAAUCGAGAUGCUAUUGUUUUACUUAGUAAACAAACGCAUGAAAUAGCUGAUGAACUUCCAGCAGCAACAGCUGCCGGUGCAUUACGUGAUUCGUUUGUUGUACGUGAAUUACAUCGUUUAAUGGAUAAUGUUGCAUCAAUAAAAGCUGAACGUGAAGUAAUUGAAUCUGAAUUAAAAAAUACAGAUUCUGAUGGUGUUCGUGUCCGUUUAAUUGCGGCAUUUCAACAAGGAAAUCAUAAUGAUGAAAAUAGUGUUGUUGUUCAUGAAAUAGAAUCACUUUAUACUCCAUUACGGCAACAAGUUAGUGAAAGUUUAUCAAAACAAGAACAAUUAGUUGAAAAUAUUCGUCGUGCAAGUCAACAAUUUCAAAAUGAAAAACAAGGAAAUGAAUCAUCAGAAAUACGUGAAGAAAUGUUAAAAAAUUUAGCUCGAGCAUAUGAUGCCUAUCAAGAAUUAUUAAAUAAUUUAAAAGAAGGAACUAAAUUCUAUAAUGAUUUGACACCAUUAUUACUCAAAUUUCAAAAUAAAGUAUCAGAUUUUGUAUUUGCUCGUAAAACAGAAAAAGAAGAUUUAAUGAAAGAUAUUCAACGAGGAAUUGUUGGUGGAAAUCCUGCACCAACAACAACACAACAAAGUGCAAAUAAUCCAUAUGCAGCUAGUGCUGCUCCAACAUAUCCACCAUCGCAACAACCAUCAGCUCCAUCAACUGGUGGUCCACCACCAACAACAACACCUGAUGGUUCUGCAUUACCAUAUCCAAAUCCAUAUAUGCAACCAUUUUUUCCAAUGCCACCAGGUUAUAAUCCAUAUAAUCCGUUUCUUAAUAUGACAACACCGGCUUAUCCAAUGGGUGGAGCUCCACAGUAUCCACAACAAGGUUAUGGUGUUGAAAAACCUCAAUCAGGUGGUAAAAAGAAAUGA